GACCCUCUCCUUUAUUAUUAUUAUAUAAUAAAUCCCCCAACUAUUAUAAUAAUUUAUAUAGGCAGCAUUGGUCCGUUUACUUUUACUCUCUUUUCCCCGCUUUAUAUUUACUUCCUUAUCAAAUCAAUAUUUUAUAAACCAACGUGGUAUUACUUGACCAUUUUUAGCAGCAAAUUAAUAACAAAUAAAUAUACAUUUUCUUUCUAUCUAUUAACCAUCAAAUGGUCUAUAUCACAACCCCAGAAGGCAUCGAAAAGAAAUAUGCUUGUAUAAAAUGCAUAAAGGGUCAUCGUUCGUCGAAAUGUACACAUAAUGACAGAGAGUUAAUAGAGAUUAAAAGAAAAGGUAGACCUGUCUCUCAGUGCGAGAACUGCCGUUUAUUGAGAAGAACAAAGCAUGUGCAUGUAAAGUGUAAAUGCCUGAAUAGAAUAGACAUUUCAGGCAAGUCAUGCAUAGUCAUGAGUAAAACAAGUUGUUUAUUGCUUUAUAGAAUUUCAGCAGCACAAUGACUCACAAAAGCCAAACAGCUUACUUUCAGAGAGAAAUAAUCAUAAUGCGACACUAGCUUCUACUUCUUGUGUUCAGUGCGAAAGACCGAAACUAUACUGUGUUUGUCCUAAAUCACCGCAAGAAACACUUGCCUCAUCAAGUAGUUCUGAUGGCUCACUUACACCUCCAGUCUACAAUGCGCAACAUACAUCUUCCCCUUCUUCAUCAUCAUCCAGUUUGCCAUUUCAUCAGUCUCCUCUACAAAAGCUCAGUUUGCGUCAUC